UUUACAUGUUGAAUGGCCUUAAUAUCCAUUGAAACAAGGGUCUUAAAUCUUGGUCCUUGGUCAAUGCAAUUAAAUAUAAUGGUCCUGGAGAGCAAGGACCAUUACAUUUGCUAAGCAAUGGGGAAGCCAAAACAUUUCAUUACAAUAGCUGCCCAGUUGAUCAAAAUUUCCCGCAUUAUUUUCUGAACAUAAACAACAUGUAGCCUACAGCCAUACACGCUCGCACAAAUAAUCAAUUAUGUGGUAUUAGAUACGCAGUAGCCACGCCUUGUGCCGAAUGCACUCACAUCCAAUAAACUUGCACGCAAAUGGCGGUCGCUCUACUCUUCCCGGAAGGCUCGGAGUGUAACUUAUGGUUGCCGGGUUCCACUGUUGUCACCGCAGUGGUGCAAGCAGGAAGCUGCCCUUCAUCACGCGCGCUGUGGGAGAAUGGGGCCGGUGGAGUCGCAUUCUGGAACAUUCUGGCCUUGGAAUAACUGAUGAGCCAUAUGUGAGAACGCGCGGGGGGUCCAAAUGUUUGAGUAAAUGGGAGACGACAGUCUCACCACAGGCCAGCAGUGUGUGUGGCCACCACAUUCUGAAGAUAUGCGAGUUGUACAGCAGUGUCGCGUGCACCAGGAUACAGGAACUGGCCUAUGACAUUCUCUCUCCUUCGCUCUCCCACUUGGACCAGCAUCACCGGUCUCUGCGCCCAAGAUAAUCAGGUUGAGACGCACGGUGCUCGUUUUGUCGGUUUGGCGCUGGGGAGAAAAGCCGGCUGGGUCCUGGAAACGGCUGUCCAGAUGCGAGCGGCUCAGGGAGUGUUCCUCAUCGUGCACAUCUGCCCAAUGCCCGCAGUAACGGAGCGUGCCUGUCUGUGCCUGUCUGUGCUCAGGAAAAGAAGAAUUAUGGGGAGACUGCCAAGCCUGAACCAAUUCAGAGCGUCUGAUUGUCAGACCCCUCCGGAGGAGGUUGAUUAUCGAAAGGUAUUCUGCAGUAAGCACCUGCAGUCUGGACAGGAAGUGGUCUACAUCCGUUACAAUCACGAGAAGCCGACCGUCAUAGAAAAUGGAGAGAUUCGCAUAAACGGCAAAGGGAAGAAGAUCCGAAAACCCAGAACCAUCUACUCCAGUUUACAGCUGCAGGUGCUCAACCAGAGAUUUCAGCAAACCCAGUACCUCGCCUUGCCCGAGCGCGCGGAUUUGGCGGCAAAGUUGGGCCUGACUCAAACGCAGGUCAAGAUAUGGUUUCAAAACAAACGCUCCAAGUACAAGAAAAUCAUGAAACACGGCUCAAGCGGACCGGAAGGAGAGCACCUAAACUCCACUUCGUCCAUCUCGCCUUGCUCGCCGGGACUGCCUCAACUGUGGGACGUGUCCAUGGCGAGCAAAGGGGCACCUAUGCACGCAAGCGGCUACAUGAACAAUUUCGGACACUGGUACCCCGCUCAUCAUCAGGACUCUAUGCCGAGACCACAGAUGAUGUGAUGGAUCAUCUCGGUUAUAAAACUACCAAAUUCCAUCGCGCGACGUUGGAUUAUAAUCAAUAUUCCUGAAUGUGUGAUUCGUCUGCCUUAUCCUAAGAACUUUUUUAGAUAUCUGUAUAUAGCCUACAUAUUAAUCAUUUUUUUUCUUAUAAUGAAUGACAUACCUUUUAUGUGGACUUGUAACUAAAACUGGACUGUUUUCGUUUUUGAAUGACAACUGUUCGUUUGGAGUUUAUAGGCCUUAUUGUUUUUGGAAGUUUGAGAGUUGAAUGCAUAUUUGGAAACAAAGAAAUACUCGGCCUAACUAUUCUGAGGAUUCAUAUCUGUAAUUUCAGGCUGUUUCUAAUAAAUCAUCAACCUCAACGGA